GGGCGGGGCGCGGAGGGAGAUACGGAACCUGAGAGGGGCCAGGCCCCACUGUCGCUCUGGAGGCGGAGGAGCAGCAAGAUGGUUUACAUCUCGAAUGGACAAGUGUUGGACAGCAGGAGUCAGUCCCCAUGGAGUUUAUCUUUUAUAACAGAUUUCUUCUGGGGAAUAGCUGAGUUCGUGGUUUUGUUUUUCAGAACUCUGCUUCAGCAAGAUGUGAAAAAGAGAAGAGGCUAUGGAAGCUCAUCUGAUUCCAGAUAUGAUGAUGGAAGAGGGCCACCAGGAAACCCCCCCAGAAGAAUGGGUCGAAUUAAUCAUCUGCGUGGCCCUAAUCCUCCUCCAAUGGCCGGUGGGUGAGGAAGGUAA